AUGGCGAGAGCUCACAAACUAUUGUACCAAAGCAGUGAAAUAGUCUACUGCGAUUCUACAGCCAGCUUGGACAACUUAAACACUGCAGUGUCCUCCAAUCACAACGUGUUUCCGAGCACGGACGGUCGUCGUUACAAUCCAGAGUGGGAGAGUCAACACAGGUGGCUGAGAUAUUCUCCUAGUACUGAUGCCUGCUUUUGUUGCUACUGUGUGCUUUUUGGUGAUGAGUCAAAGUCUGCUCCUGCUUUCAAGACGACUGGCUUUUGUGACUGGAAGAAUGCUGUUGGAGUAAAGCGUGGUGUACUACUUUGUCACGAGAAAAGUGAAAUUCACAAGAAUGCGUGCAUAGAAGCGUUAUCUUUCAAGAAUGUGGCUGAAGGCAGGAAAGACGACAUCUGUACGAGCAGAUCUAAACAAUAUGAAGAGAGGGUCAGACGUAAUCAAUCGGUUGUCCUAGCUGUAACAGAUGUCCUUAUUGCUCUUGGUCAGCGAAAUAUUCCCUUUCGUGGUCACAGUUGGGACAAAGUGCUGAGAAAAGAAUCUGGUAACUUUGAAUACUUCCUUCAUUGGCAGUCCCAGUUUAAUCCUAUUCUGAAAAGUCAUCUAGAGCACGGAAAGAAGAAUGCAUGCUACAAGAGCCCGAAAAUACAAAAUGAAUUGAUAGAGCUGACAGGUAUUGAAGUGAGGGACAAAAUACUAGAAGAUGCUCAUGCCGCUAAAUGGUUUUCUUUGAUGGCUGAUGAGUGCACAGAUACAGCUAAAGUGGAGCAAAUGUCAGUCUGUAUCAGAUUUGUUGAUGACACUGUACCUGGUCAGGUUCAAGUGAGAGAAGAGUUUUUAGGAUUAGUUAAGUUGGAUUGUGCAGAUGCUUCGUCUAUUUCCAAUGCUAUUGUCAAUUUUAUGAAAGAGUGCAAUUUAGAUAUCCGUUAUCUUCGUGGCCAGGGCUACGAUGGUGCUUCAGUUAUGUCAGGAAAAGUUUCCGGUGUUUCUGCGCGAAUUCUUGAGUUACAACAAAAGGCCAUUUACCAUCAUUGUCGGUCACAUAGACUGAAUUUGGUUAUUGCAUCUUCUUGUAGGCAAGUCCCUUCAAUUCGGGACUUGUUUGAGUCAUUAGGAACGCUCACGUGGUUUCUAGGAGGCAGUCCGAAAAGAAAAGUCAUUCUUUGCAGGCAUUUGAUAGGAGAUAUAUCUGACUUGAUCACAGCAUGUGCAGAAGACAAGGAAGAAGAAGAAUCGAAGGAAGAACUCGAAGAAAACUUUGAACAUGAGAAAACUUCGAAGCUGAGUGAUACGCUUAUUCGUAAAUCAUCAUCACGGCAAGUCCCAGUACUGUGUGAGACUAGGUGGUCAGCUCGACUGGCGACCUUGUCCAGUGUGUUGGCCAAGUACAAAGCCAUAUACCUUGCACUGCAAGGUAUUGCCGCAGAGAGCUGUAGCACUGAUUCGAGGGCAAAAGCUUCAUCUUACCUCAGACUUCUCCAGUCUUCUAGUUUCAUCGUUUGCUUAGUCGUUAGUCAGUAUAUUCUGAGCUUUUGUGACCCUCUUGCAAAGUCUUUGCAAUCUCCAACCUGCGACAUUCUGAAGGCUUACCAAACAGCGAAGCUGCUUCGCACGACGAUUUCUGCACAGUGA